UAAAAUAUCGCGGAAUUGAACCGCGAUUGUCGCGCGACUUCCGGUCCUUACGCGUUCCGCACCGUUCCAGCUCUUGGUCUGGUCGUUCCGUCCCCCUCUCCUUUCUCUUUUUACAGCCCAAAAUCUGGCAAAAUGGGUAAGGUCAAGUGUUCGGAGCUGAGGACGAAGGACAAGAAGGAGCUGCUCAAGCAGCUGGAGGAGCUCAAAACUGAGCUGACCAGCCUGCGAGUAGCCAAAGUCACCGGAGGACCUGCUUCGAAGCUCUCCAAGAUCCGUGUGGUCCGCAAAGCUAUUGCCCGUGUAUACAUUAUUAUGCACCAGAAGCAGAAGGAGAACCUUCGUCUUUUGUACAAAAACAAGAAGUACAAGCCAUUGGACUUGAGGCCCAAGAAGACCAGAGCUAUCCGCAGAAAGCUUACCCCAUACCAAGCCAGCCGUAAAACGCUGAAGGAGGUCAGGAAGAACUCUGCGUUCCCGCAAAGAAAGUAUGCUCUGAAAAUCUAAAUUAACGUUUUCGUAUAAUAAAAAAAAACUCAAUUAAC